AAAAAAUUCCACGAAAAGUCCAAAAUCAUCGUUAGAAAAAUAUUGACCUUAAUUUCAACACCCAGCUAAUUUUUGAUCCUAAUAACAACACUCCAGCAACUUUUUGACCAUAAUGAAAACAAUAAUCAGCUGAUGUUGUUAUUAGGGUCAAAAAUUCGCUGGAGCGUUGUUAUUGCGGAAAUAGAUCCUAGGAACAACAGACGUAGUCAUUGAUUUUAUACCGUUGAUUUCCCCACUAUUAGAUUUCGGAUCAGGGUCAAUCGCACGUCAUUUGAAAGGAGAGGAUCCAAGGACCAAAGUGAUGCGGGAAUAUUUCGAAUUGGGCAUGUAAUAGUGGAGAGCAUGAUUAUUUAAGAUCAGCUAAAAAUUUAGUGUUGUAAUUAGGGAAAAUUACUCUACUUCUUUGUAAUGAAUCUCUUUUUACUAGUUAUUUGGGUGUUUUGAGACAUUACACCGGUCGAAUAGAAGAGAGUAGUAUACAUUAUCAUACAUCUUAUUUUAUUCAGUAGAUUUAUUUGACAUUUACUGAAAGUUAUACAUGGGUUAUAUAUCAUUUAAACUAAUCUACAAGUUUAUUUAGAUCUCUUCGUUAACAUAUUCAUUUGAUACAUAUGCAACAACUGUUAAUGAACAAUGUCAUACGACGACAAAUGGAAUAUCUGAUCCAACUAAAAAUGAUCAUAAAACACUAUUUGUUUCUGGGUUAAAAAAGAGUGUGCAUAAAGAAGAUUUACGUGGGCAUUUUCCAGGAUGUUCAAACGUGAUAAUAAAACGAUAUCGUAACUCAUCACAUCUGAAAUAUGCUCUUAUUACUCAUAUUACAGCACAAACAGCUGAAAUAAAUCGUCGACGCCCCAUUAAUUUCCAUCUUCUUGGUCCACAAUGCCGCAUUGAAUAUGCUGAUGAUAAUGUGUCUAUCCGCAUUAGAAAUCAAAGCUAUGAUUGCACAACAAUAGUGGUUGAACGAAUCCCUCCAAACAUCAGCGACGAUGAUCUACGCUAUUUGUUUCCAAAUUGUCGAAUAGUAAAGUAUUAUCCAGCGGUUGUUGUCUCCACUAGAGCAUUGAUAACCACAAAAACAACAAACGAUAAAGAUAUUUUAUUGGGAUACGCUUAUAUUGCCUUUGACGACAAGCAACAAGCAACCUAUGUCAUCGAACAUGCUAAUCAAUAUCAAGUGAAUGGUCAACUAUUAACAGUCUCCUUAUACCGCACUUAA